GCGGCAACGCACACCUUGGGCCUCUCUCCUCUCGAGCCCUCUCUCUCCGUGUCUGCCUGCCACCCGCUGCCGCCACCAUGACCACCACCAGCCGCCAGUUCUCCUCCUCCAACUCCAUCAAGGGCUCCUCUGGCCUGGGGGGCGGCUUGUCCCUCACCUCCUGCCAGCUGUCUGGCAGCCUGGGCAAAGCCCUUGGGGGCGGCAGCUACUCUAGCUGCUAUAGCUUCGGCUCUGGCGGUGGCUAUGGCAGUGGCAGCUAUGGCAGCGGCGGCUAUGGCAGCGGCGGCUAUGGCAGCGGCAGCUUUGGCACUGGUUGCGGUGGCAGUGGCUUUGGAAGCGGUGAUGGGCUGCUGGGGGGCAGCGAGAAGGCCACCAUGCAGAACCUCAACGACCGCCUGGCCUCCUACCUGGACAAGGUGCGCGCCCUGGAGGAGGCCAACGCUGACCUGGAGGUGAAGAUCCACAGCUGGUACCAGAAGCAGAGGCCAGAGCCGACUUCCGACUACAGCUGCUACUUCAAGACCAUCGAGGACCUGAAGAACCAGAUCCUCAUGGCCACCACGGACAACGCCAACAUCCUGAUGCAGGUCGACAACACCCGUCUGGCUGCUGAUGACUUCUGCACCAAGUUCGAGACGGAGCAGGCCCUGCGGAUGAGCGUGGAGGCCGACAUCAGUGGCCUGCGCAGGGUGCUGGACGAGCUGACCCUGGCCAGAGCCGACCUGGAGAUGCAGAUCGAGAACCUCAAGGAGGAGCUGGCCUACCUCCGGAAAAAUCACGAGGAGGAGAUGAACGUCCUGCGAGGCCAGGUGGGCGGUGAGGUCAACGUGGAGAUGGAUGCCGCGCCCAGUGUGGACCUGAGCCGCAUCCUGAACGAGAUGCGCGCCCAGUACGAGAAGAUGGCGGAGAAGAACCGCAAAGACGCCGAGGACUGGUUCUUCAGCAAGACAGAGGAACUGAACCGCGAGGUGGCCACCAACAGCGAGCUGGUGCAGAGCAGCAAGAGCGAGGUCUCAGAGCUCCGGCGCACCCUGCAGAACCUGGAGAUCGAGCUGCAGUUCCAGCUCAGCACGAAAGCAUCUCUGGAGGGUAGCCUGGCGGAGACAGAGAACCGCUACUGCCUGCAGCUGUCCCAGAUCCAGGGGCUGAUCUGCAGCGUGGAGGAGCAGUUGGCCCAGCUGCGCUGCGAUAUGGAACAGCAGAGCCACGAGUACCAGAUGCUGCUGGACGUGAAGACACGGCUGGAGCAGGAGAUCGCCACCUACCGCCGCCUGCUGGAGGGCGAGGACAUCCAGCUGCCUCAGCACAAGAUCAGAGAUCGUAAGCAUCUUGGUUGCUGAGGGUGGGGCUGCACGGGGCAGGCGACCCACCUGUACGUUGCUGGGGGAGGGUGUCCGGGAGCUCCAGGAAAUGAUGGCUGCUGCUCAGCAGGGGUGGGGGAAGGGACCCGGUAGGGCUCAGGGUCCUAAUCAAGUGAGUGGGACACUAUCUGGUCCAAUGGGCGAGAGGCAGGGAAAUGGCCCUUACCUUGGAGAUCCUAGUCUGAGGUGGGAGACAUGGUCCCAGCUCUGGAGAGUCUCAUCUGAUGGGGAGGUAGGGACAUGGUCUCACGAUCUUUGCUCUUGGGACCCUACAGAUGAACAAAAGCAGUCUUGUGUCUGGAGUCUCUUGUCUGAUGGCAGAAAGGGACUUGAUCCUUGUCCUCCAGAUCCCAGUCUGAUGGGGAAGAAAAAAUCCCUGCCCUGGGGCAUCUAGCCUAAGGGUGUGGACCAGGGUCUUGUCUUGGAGAUCCACUCCUGAAGGGAGCAUAAUCUAUGCCCUUGAGAAUGCAGAGAAAUGGAGACAGACCCCAUUUCGUGUAGCAUCCAGUCUGUGCAGUCUUCCUCUUGCAGAAGGACAUGUGGGUCAGAAUCAAACCAUCUAUUUGGGAGACAGGAUUCACCUAGGGGCACCAGGAAGGAACAGGGUGGGAGGGAGCGAGUGGCAAGGUCAGGGGGACACCUGUGCGGAUGUGAUGUUGAGGGGCCAGCAGAGGCGUGGACACCAAGUGGCCAUGGGGGAGAAAGCCGGCUCCACUCAGGGGGCUGGGGGCUGAGCCAGGACCUCUUGGCCCCCACCCACCCUGAGUGUCUGUCUCCUGCAGCUGUGACCACCCGCCAGGUGCGCACCAUUGUGGAAGAAGUCCAAGAUGGCAGGGUCAUCUCCUCCCGCGAGGAGGUCCGCCAGGCCACCCACUGAGGACUCUGCUCCCCCCGCCAGGCCCUCCGGGGCCCCCCAUUGGCUCCACAGCCACUGUAGCCCCAGCCCCUGGCUUCAGUCCUUUUCCCAUCCCCCCUCCCUGACCAAUAAAGCUUGUCAACUGAGA